GUUUACUUCUACCAUGGCCCUAGCAGAUUGUGUUUUGGGCAUUUAACAGUUAAAGAAGCGGUGGUAUGCUAACUGAGCACAUUAAAACAAAGAGUUGGCAGCUUCUGAAGGAAAAGGGCUUGUGCUCCACUGUUCCAACUUGUCAGUCAACUCAUGCCAGCACUCUCCACGUCUGCCUCUUCUACACACCCUCAUUACAUGUGUCUGUCUGGACUGAUCUGCUCGUCUGUUCAGGGACUCUCCCGACAAGUCAAAAAUUCUGCCUUCUCUCUGCUCUGGAAUUGGAUCAAAUCACCUCAGCUGUUUUUUGCAGCCCCAUCAAGAGGCUUUUGCUUAUGGUCUCAUUCUGUUUUUCUCCACUACUUGCCUGUUUUUGAUUUCUAGAAUGGAGGAAACCGAACUGCUGAAGGAAAGACUCCAGGCCAUAACAGACAAAAGAAAACUGCAAGAAGAAAUUGCACAGAAACGUCGAAAAGUAGAAGAGGAAAAACUGAAACACCAGCAUUUAAAGAAAAAGGCCUUACGAGAAAAAUGGCUCUUGGAUGGCUUCAGUUCUCUCACUCCAAAAGAGCAGGAAGAAAUGCAAAAGCAAAAUCAAGAGGACCAACAACAAACUCGUGAGCUGGAAGAAGACAUUUUCAGACUGGAGAAGGAAAUAGAGGCCCUUGAAAAAGAGGAAAUUAACGUCUCAGCUAAGGAAGAAGCUAUUUUAAAGAAACUUAAGUCAGUUGAGAAAACAACAGAAGACAUAAUCAAGUCUGUGAAGACCGAAAAAGCAGGAGUUGAAGGAGAGGCAGCAGACUACAUAUAUGCCAACAUACCUGACCUUCCCAAGCAUUUCAGACCCUCUGCAUGGAGAAGGCCAGGGCAUGCUGCCAUCGAUGAUGAAGAAAAGAGAAAAGCAUUGUUUGCAAUGGAAAUGAAAGUUGAAAAAGACAUGAAGACAGGUGAAAACACAGUGUUGUCAACAAUACCUCUUCCCUCAAAUGAGUUUAAAGAGACAGGAAUUAAAGUCUAUGACGAUGGUAGGAAGUCAGUCUAUGCAGUGUCCUCAGAUGGCAGCGCAACGCGAAAUAGGAUGGAUGAACUUGCUCCUGUUGAGGUGGAAGACCUUCUAAGGCAGGCAAAUGAGAAAAAUUCCCAGUCUCCCACAGAGUAUCAUGAGCCUGUGUUUGCAAACAAGUUUUGCAGGCCAGUUACUCCUCAGAAAGACAAAUUAGUCCCUGGACUAAAACUGGAAGACACGCACAAAAGAGAGAUGAAUGGACUCAGCACUCACACAGAAUUUUCCCCUGUGGCAGAACCCUUCAUACAGCAACCUAAAGAGAAUGGGCUUAAUCAUCAAAAGGUAACACCAAAGUCUCCCUCUCCAGUACUUCUGGAUUCAGAGAAUAAAGUACACGUUAGUGCUGAGAACAGAAUGAUACAUAAUGAGAAAAGUGCUCCACAUGAAGAAUUAAAACCUUAUCAGAAUACAACAGAAAGACAUGAUGAAACAAGGUUUUUAAGCUCGUGUCAUCCUAAUGAAGCACCCCCCGCACCUCAAGAUGAGGAAGAUGUUCAUUACCGCAUGGUGCAAGCUGUGCCAUGUUACGUGGAUGAUUCGGAACCAGUUACAAUGAUUUUCAUGGGUUAUCAGCGCAUUGAUGACGACGAUGCAGAAGCAGACCAGAAGUUGACAAGAUACGAUGGGGUUAUCCGUGCCGAAUUAGUUAUUAUUGAUGAUGAUGACGACGACAGCAAGUCUGAGAAACCAUCAUAUCAUCCCGUUGGCCACUACAGUCAGGUUUACCAGCCACCAAGCAGGAAAACCACAGAAGUCCCACAGACAAACCCUGUGAGCAGCCUAGGCACAAGCCUGAACAGUGCACCCCACAAAAAUUCUAUCUCCCUACGAGAACAAGAGGAACGCUUAAACUCACCUACAAACCGUGUUCAUCUUCAGAGCCAAGCGUCAGGAGACGGUACUGAAGAUCCUUCAUUAACAGCUCUGAGGAUGAGAAUGGCAAAGCUGGGGAAAAAGGUGAUUUAACAGCUGUAUGACAUGGAAGUAGAAAUUACUACUCAAAGCAGAGUAAAGCUAAGAAGUUUCUUCAACAUACCUUUUGGAUCUUAAUGCCUAGUUUCUUGCUCUUCUGUUUUACACAUCUGGGUUAUUUUGCACUUCGCAUAGCCCAAUGGACUCUAACAGACUUUCAGUUUUGACCAACUGCCACAUACACAUAAAUGAAAUCCUGGAUUUUUAAGAUAAUGGAAAGUUACCCAAAACCAUAAAUACAAUGUAUAUCUGAGAGUGAAGACGUGCAUAACCUGUCCCCACAGUCAGAAAUACAUUGUUGCUACAUACACAGCAGAUAAACACUCAUUUCCAAGGAACUUCACAGGAUGUUGUUCACUUUAAAGCAUACUAGUCUGACAUUUGAUUGAAAAUGAUAUUCAAACUUUUUUUUUUUAAAAACAUUAGUUAAAAACAAGGUAUGAGAGAUAGGAGCCAGGAAAAGUGUAAAUAUAAAAGCUGAUUUCCAAGCUUAGUAUCUUGGCCAAAAUUUGAAUCAUUCCUUUUUAAGAGCAAAACAACCUCAAAAUAGCAAAGCCCACAUUUAAGUAUUAAGCCACAUCUCUAGAGCACUGCACUCCACCCACGCUUCUCCUUUACAUAUGACAAUACAGAUAUCCUAAAACCCUGCUCCCCUCCCCACAUCACAUACAUGCUUCCUGCCCUUACCUCACAGACCCCGUGCAUAGCACUAUAAACAGCCUGACCUGCCAGGCAUUGCUUCACCUCCUAGCUCACUACACGAAGUGUUACUUUACCAGAAAGCUGGUUGCCAGACAGGCGGUGCCUGUCAGUCAUAAACAUUACUGCUUAGUACACGGGUUUCGUCAGCCAGAGGAGCUAAAAUUAGUGCAGGCCUCCCGUCAGAAACCAACUUGUCAGUGGCUUGUCCUGCAGCAGGUCUGUUCUGGGGGUAGCUGCUGCUGGGCAUGGCUCCUCUGCAAGGAGCAGGGCUCCCACCAUUCAACAAGUUCAUUCUUUCCCCAGUGGAGUAAAGCUAGGGCACUUAGAGCAGCCAUAAGGUAUAAUCACACGUAGGAAAGUCACAUGCAAGUCAUUUUUCUAAUACCAAGUUCUUGGGAAAAAAAAAAGUGCCUCAUCACUCUACGUCCUUAUAUUCAAAUCAGUAUGAUAGCAUUACUUUGGUAGGUCUUAGGCUGGUUUGAAUCACUAGGUGGAUAAAGCUCAGGUUGUAUUGUUGUAGCUAUAAAUACUAUUGUUGUAGAAAUAAUUACCAAAAAACAACCUUAACUUUUUCGCUUGUCUUCCUCGUUUCAAAGCAGGAAACUGAAGCUGCUACCUCAUACUGAGGCACAACGGUAGUAAUCGGCUGACGUAUAGCCUCUAAGCAGGUGGUGGCUCCCAGUCUGAAGUAGACAGUGAGCAGAGUGAUAAUCUCAGAUUUUAGGAAUUGUCAAAGAUGGUUACCUGGAGAUAGAAAAUGUAGAAUGUAGAUGAAUAAACAAUUACAUUUUCUCUA